GCCUCCUUUGAGGCAGCUGCUCUGCGAGUGUGGUAAGCAAGGAACAGCCAGAAAUUCCUCCUAGCCGGGGUGACUCGUGGGAGGAGUUUAGUCUGCUAAGUAUUGUCAUUUGCUGAGAGAAGGUGUGUGCUCAGGAAGGAAUGUAACCUGGAGGAUCAUUAACCCUUUUAGCCAGUUGGGCACAGCAGUCACGGUGGCUGUGCAAGUUCGUCCUAGAAGUGUCUGCUCAGGAGGGUCAGGGAGGAAGAGUGGCAUCACUUUUUCAUGGGGGACAACUGUGGGAAGGAGCAGAAGGCGGUGCUCAAUGAAGGACAAGAAAAUGAGAUGGAAAUAUUUGGCUAUCGGACUCAAGGCUGCCGGAAAGCCCUCUGUUUUGCUGGAUCCAUCUUCUCCUUUGGACUUCUCCCCUUGGUGUUUUACUGGAGACCGGCCUGGCAUGUUUGGGCAAACUGUGUCCCAUGUUCCUUGCAAGAAGCAGACAUUGUUUUGCUGAGGACGACAGAUGAAUUCCAGACUUACUCUUGGAAAAAGGUAACAUGGAUCCACCUAUCAACAUUAAGCAGUGCUUUUGGUCUCACUCCUGGACACCCCCUCAUUACAGAUGAGGAUUUUGUCAUAAAUAGAGCCAUCCAGAAGCCUGGACUAAAGGUGAGAUGCAUAAAAGUGCAGAAAAUAAGAUAUGUUUGGAAUAAUUUAGAAGGACAGUUUCAAAAAAUUGGAUCUCUGGAAGACUGGCUCACUUCUACCAAGAUACAUCUAAAAUUUGGAUCAGGUCUAACCAGAGAAGAACAAGAGAUUAGGAGGCUAAUAUGUGGGCCUAAUACUAUUGAUGUUGAAAUCACACCUAUUUGGAAACUGCUCAGCAAGGAGGUUUUAAAUCCCUUUUACGUAUUUCAACUCUUCAGCGUCUGUUUAUGGUUCAGCGAAGACUACAAGGAAUACGCUCUGGCCAUCAUCCUUAUGUCCAUCAUUUCCAUAUCGUUGACUGUCUAUGACCUCAGACAGCAAUCUAUGAAACUCCACCAUCUAGUUGAAGCACAUAAUAGCACUACAGUUUCUGUAUGUGGGAGAAAAUCUGGAGUCCAAGAGCUGGAGUCACGCUUCUUGGUACCCGGAGACUUGUUAAUUUUGACAGGGAACAAAGUGCAAAUGCCGUGCGAUGCCAUUCUGAUCGAUGGCAGCUGUGUGGUAGAUGAAGGAAUGCUCACAGGAGAAAGUAUCCCAGUCACCAAAACUCCACUACCCAAGACAGACAGCCCUCUGCCCUGGAAAACGCAGAGCGAAGCGGAUUAUAAGCGGCACAUCCUCUUCUGCGGAACAGAGGUGGUCCAGGCCAAGCCAGCUUGCUCCAGGACGGUGAGGGCAGUGGUGCUGCAGACGGGAUUCAACACUGCAAAGGGGGACCUUGUGAGAUCUAUUCUUUAUCCGAAGCCAAUGAGUUUUAAGCUCUACAGGGAUGCCAUCAGGUUCCUCUUGUGCCUCGUGGGGACAGCCACCAUUGGCAUGGUCUAUACUCUGUGUGUUUAUGUUCUCAGUGGGGAAUCUCCAGAGGACGUGGUGAAGAAGGCCCUGGAUGUGAUCACCAUUGCGGUUCCUCCCGCCCUACCUGCUGCCCUGACCACAGGCGUCAUCUAUGCCCAGAGGAGGCUGAAGAAGAGAGGCAUCUUCUGCAUCAGUCCCCAGAGAAUCAACGUGUGUGGACAGCUAAAUCUUGUCUGCUUCGACAAGACAGGCACCCUAACUUGUGAUGGCUUGGAUCUCUGGGGAGUUGUACCUUGUGACAGGAAUGGCUUCCAGGAAGUGCACAGCUUUGCUUCAGGUAAGGCUUUGCCGUGGGGCCCCCUGUGCGCGGCCAUGGCCAGCUGUCACUCUCUUGUCCUGCUCAAUGAGACCAUCCAAGGGGACCCUCUGGAUCUCAAGAUGUUUGAAGCCACCACCUGGGAAAUGACUGCAUCUGAAGAGGAUUUCCACCUCAAGGGAGUGCCAGCUAAUGCGAUGGUAGUUAAGCCCUGCAGAACGGCCAGCCAGGUCCCGGUGGAAGGCAUCGCAAUCUUGCAUCAGUUCCCAUUCUCAUCAGCCCUGCAGAGGAUGACCGUCAUUAUCCAAGAGAUGGGUGGUGACCGACUGGCAUUCAUGAAGGGUGCACCAGAGAGGGUGGCCAGCUUUUGCCAGCCCGAGACAGUACCAACCAGUUUUGUUAGUGAACUCCAGAUUUACACGACACAAGGGUUCCGGGUGAUAGCACUGGCCUACAAGAAGCUUGAAGCUGACCACCACACAGCUGCCCUAACGAGGGAGAAGGUAGAAUCCAACCUGGUAUUUCUGGGAUUACUCAUCUUGGAGAAUCGAUUGAAGGAAGAGACCAAACCUGUCUUGGAAGAGCUUAUCUCAGCACGGAUAAGGACCGUGAUGAUCACAGGUGACAAUCUUCAGACAGCAAUAACAGUGGCCAGAAAGUCUGGGAUGGUUUCCGAAAGCCAGAAAGUCAUCCUCAUUGAGGCAGAGGAAACCACCGGAGCCUCGUCAGCAUCUAUAUCUUGGAAAUUAGUGGAAGAGCAGAAACACAUUGCGUGUGGGAAACAGGACAAUUACAUUAACAUCAGGGAAGUGUAUGACAAUAGCAAAGAAGGAAGCUAUCAUUUUGCUCUAGAUGGAAAAUCCUUUCAAGUGAUAAGUCGAUAUUUCAGCAGCCUCCUGCCAAAGAUACUGAUCAAUGGGACGAUCUUCGCGAGAAUGUCUCCCGGACAGAAAUCCAGUCUGGUGGAAGAAUUUCAGAAACUGGAUUACUUUGUAGGUAUGUGUGGUGAUGGAGCCAAUGACUGUGGGGCUUUGAAAAUGGCCCAUGUGGGCAUCUCUUUGUCAGAACAGGAAGCUUCUGUGGCCUCACCGUUCACUUCUAAGACUCCGAACAUUGAGUGUGUACCUCACCUUAUCAAGGAAGGACGUGCGGCUCUCGUCACCUCAUUUUGCAUGUUUAAGUACAUGGCUCUAUACAGCAUGAUUCAGUAUGUUGGCGUUCUGCUGCUCUACUGGGAGACAAACAGCCUUUCAAACUACCAGUUUCUGUUCCAGGAUCUGGCCAUUACAACCCUAAUCGGUGUAACAAUGAAUCUGAAUGGUGCCUACCCAAAGCUGGUGCCUUUCAGACCUGCAGGACGGCUGAUUUCCCCACCUCUGCUGCUCUCUGUCAUCCUCAACAUCCUCCUCAGCCUGGCCAUGCAUAUUGUGGGCUUUGUCUUGGUGCAGAAACAGCCCUGGUAUUCCAUGGAGUUGCACAGUGCCUGCACAGUGCAAAAUCAAAACAUCUCAAAGUUAACCAUCUUUCCAACUGCUCCAGAAAAAACUGGAGCUAAUGGUUCCUACACAAGUUAUGAGAACACUACUAUAUGGUUCUUGGGAACAAUCAAUUGCAUUAUCGUGGCUCUCAUCUUCUCCAAAGGAAGACCAUUCAGGCAGCCCACCUACACGAACUAUGUAUUUGUCCUUGUGGUGAUUUUACAGCUGGGUGUGUGUUUAUUCAUUCUAUUUGCUGAUAUUCCGGACUUGUACAGGCGUUUGGAUCUGCUCUGCACUCCUGUCCUGUGGCGGGUCUGCAUUGUCAUCAUGCUGAGCUCCAACUUCCUUGUGUCCCUGUUCAUGGAGGAGACUAUUAUUGAAAACCGAGCUCUAUGGAUUGGGAUCAAAAGAUGCUUUGGUUAUCGAUCAAAAAGCCAAUAUCGGGUAUGGCAGCAGAGCUUGGCAGAGGACUCCAGCUGGCCUCCACUCAAUCAAAUCUUCUACUCUGACAUGCCGGGGUGCGGCCGGGUGGCGUCCUACAGCAAUCCCGUGUUUGAGAGCAACGAGGAACAGCUUUGAAGGAACAGUGACAUCCAAGCUACUGCCAAGAAACAAGGAGAAAGGGACCUGUUUCAAGUGAUGUUAGAACAAUGAGGCUCCUACCGUUUCAGCAGGAGUUUGGGGAUACCUAUCAAAUCACGGUGACCAAAUUAAAGUCUGUUUGAUAAAAUAUUUCUUACAAAGAAGAACGCUGCCCACAGAAGAGCGCUUUCCUCUUGGCUUCUGAAUGAUUUGGACACAGCUAAUGAACCAUGAUCAGGCCAAGGACUGAAGUAAGCCAAGAGAUUGGGAAGCCAAGGGAGGAAAAUACGUACUCUGUCUCUUUGUUUUUCAUUUUGUUUUGUUUUGUUUUCAGUGCUAGGACUUUGAGCACACUAAAUAAGCACACUGUAACACUGAGCCACACUGACAGACUGUGCGAUUUCUCUCUUUUUGGAUAAUAGUCCUUCUAAAUGAGUUGAGGGGAGUCAGACUGUGUAUAUGCAUAGAAUUGUAACAUGGUAAAGAUCAUUUUAAAAGUUUCACUUCACUGAUGAAAAAUUAAUUCAUGGGCGCCAUCACAUCAAUUUUCACUGUCUGGUUUCCUUUCCUUAGUGGUACUUUUCAGAUCUGAGGAUUUUUUCUUGUUUCUACCCUUCCCCUGCAUAUCAUUAAGGAUAAAUGCAGCCUAUGCUGUACUAAUAAACAAGCCCCAUAGCUCAGCGCCCGAA